CACCUGAGGGAACUACACUGAGGGAACUCUACAAGCAAAGGCUGAAGUCCAUGAAGUAAACUGAGAAGGGAGAAGGAUUUGGCGUCACUGGCGAGACGCUAAAGUUUUACUCACUUAGCCAUACCCAGCAGGAAGAGGAAAGUCAUGGGGCUGUGGGGCGACAUGUUCUUUCUGUUUGGACUGCUUCAGUCUUCUCUGUGGAUAAUCUCGGUCUCAGGAGGUUCAGCACUUACCAUAAAUCUUAACAGUGAUCCUACCAUACAUAUAAAUAGGACGGCUUCACAGUCAAAAUGUGAAGUUUGUAUUGGAAAAAUAUGCCAGUCCUCUCUGACGCUCAGUAGAAGUAUGGAAGUGGUCUUCACCUGUCCACAACCAGAAGAUGUCUUCACGGUGGAGAUUGUGAGACACAUUGUAUGCACCACUACAUGUAAUGGAACGAUCACCCCAGUGGACAUCCCUUCUCUUCAAAACUUUAACCGCACCUUUAGCUGGAACGUAAAAGUCCAGGGCCACAAGGCUUUCUGCUUGGACUUUACCAGAGCUGGUUUAAAGCAGAUCCAACCUACAGAGCAAUGUCAAGACAAACACAUCUACACAGUGUCUACAGGCACAGUCACUGUUGGGAAGUUUUGCCGUCAGGGCACCAUCAAAAGCAUACAGGUGCUUCGGGAAGGAAGCGUUUCUUUGCAGGUGCCUGGAAAACAACAGCUGAAUACAGCAAGCUUUGGCAUAACAAUAGGACCGGAAAUAUCAUCUCCUGCGAUUAUCAACGUCACCCUGCCAGAGAAGCCAUCGUCCCAGGAAUUCUUUUCACCAAAUUACCCAGAGAGCUUUCCUGACGAUGAUUUAAUCACAUGGGCCUUCCAAGUUCCGUACAAGUACUAUUCAACAGUGCAUAUAUUGAACUACACCAUGCCCAGGUGUGAUACGAAGGAUACACGAAUGGAGUACCAGCUGUAUAGCAAGACCAUGGUGAAAAAACUGAGUGAGCCACAGCUCUCUGAGCACCAGGGCUCCUUCAAUCUUUCACUGCAAAACUGUAACGUAGACACACAAUCCUCCUCCACCAGUCUCACCCUGCAUUUCAAAAUCUCUGCCGUCCGGAGAGGCAAUGAAGUGCGCUGUACUGUGGAUCUGAAGUUGGAAAAGGGCCUACUGAUACACAUCAUGAAAAAGAAACCCAAAUCAGAUUGCAUUUUGAAACUGAACUCACUGACCCAGGAGAUGGCCACCAUCACUUCAGCAAAGGUCUCCUAUGUAUCUUUCAUUGACUGCCAAGAGGAGGACCUGCUCAUUACUAUAAACAAAACUAUAGCAUGUCAGCAGUUGAGAGACUGCCCAUUCCCUGAAUCUCUAGGGGUGCCUGCACUAGAGAAAUGCAUCGUGGGGAUUGUGCAAGAGGUCCGCUGGCUCCUGAAUGGCCCACUGAAUGCCACAGUGGAGCUGGUGUCUUCAGCGGGCAGCCUGCAGCAGUCUCUGCCUGGGCACACAUGCAAAAACACGGUUCUUCUCACCGUGUCAGAAAAUAAGCCCCAGGGUGUCACUGUCGGGCAGUUUUGUCCUCAGGGAGCAAUUCACAAAAUGCAAAUCAAUGUUGCAAACAUUACAGUGAGCGCUUCUUCCACAGGUGGCAAGAAUUUGAGGCAGAUCACCAACCCCCUCUUACAAGUUUCGUUUACUAAAUCUAUAAAAGAGAACUACAUUUUCACUGUCUUGCCAAAAAAGGAUAUACCAGUGCUCUUAGCAACUCCAGCAUGGCCGUUGGGAAUGAAGUCAUAUGCCACUGUCUCUUGGUUUGUCUCGUUUCCUGCGCAGCUCGAGGCUCAUGUGAGCUUUACCAAUGUUAGCCAGCUAACCUGUAAGAAUCGCCCGGCAUACAUUAAACUGCAGAGGCUGCAAUCGCAUGACAAGAUGUACAGCUGGCAAGAUCAAAAUCCUAAGGAUGUGGUGGUAUCAGACAGUUUCUACCUCAACAUGUCAAACUGCUUACCAGUGAAAGGAGCCUUCAGUGUUGUCAGCCAGGUCAUCUUGCACACGGGCAAAAGUGUACUUUUGAGUAUCAUCCUGAGUGUUGUGGGUGUUGUUUUGCUGCUGAUGGCGAUAAUUAUAGCUGUGUUCUGUAUUAUGAGGAAAAAAAAGAAAAAGCAGAAAGCUCCUGAGGUCUCAGUCUACAAUCCCAAUAGCCAUCCCUUCCUAGCAGGCCUUCACGGGAUUCCCCAGGAAACAGAGGAUGAAGAUUAUCAUAUUUAUCAUUGUAUAGAUGACCACCUGGUAUAUGGGCAUCUUCUUAAAGACACUGUAGAAAUGAAUGAGGUUGGAGCGCCAGCUGUGGGCGUGUACCGGGAUUUCACUGGACCCACAGAGCAGCAGCCAUUAACGGAGAAACCAGAGGGAGGAGGAGCUGAGGAGCCAGAAGUCGGGGUCUACAGGCCUUUCACAGGGCCUCAGAGUGCACCAGAUGUGCCUGUUACACUUGCAAGGCCAGGAGAAAAUCUAGCAUGUAAAGACAAGCAGAAAACCGAUGAGGAAAUCAGUGCAGUUGACUCUGUUCAUGAUCAGAAAACUGUGCCAAACAUACAGGGGGCACCGAAAACCGAGCCAGAGGAGGACUAAUAAGGCUUUAUAGAGAGUUUGUGAUUAAAGCGUGUAAUGCACUGGAAGCUAACAUACAGAGCAUGAUGUAUAAAAUCCUGUUGCUGGAAUUUUAUAUUAUUAUUUUAUAUAUAUAAUAUAUAUUUUAAAUGUCUUUUAGUCUGUUUUAUUCACUACUAAGUUACCUGUUUGACUGGAUUUCUACAUUUUAAAUUUGUAUAUUAUCUCUACCACAAAAUAUUUCAGUACAUUGGAAUGCAUGUAAAAACAUCUAUGAAGAAUAUAGCAUUUCUUUGUGUGAGCUACCAUUAAAAAGUAACAUUUAUUUUCAUGUUUGUUCUACAUAUUAGAAGCCUUGUGUUGACUCUGGAAGUGAUUCUAUAACCAGCUUGUUCAGUUUAGUCACAGAUUUUUUAAAAGUUUUUUUUUUCCCCCCGUAUAAAAGGCAUACCCAGUGUAUACUAGGUGCAACAUAUGGUUGUAUUAGUGAUGGAUUGCUUUUAGAGACCAAAAAAUGCUCCAGUCAUGUACGUUACAUGAAUAAGAAU